CUAAACUAUUUGACACACGAGAAAUUGAACGAGCAAAUCUCCGGGUAGAGCCACGAUUCCCGGUCGCCGCCGCACUCCUCCACUAAACCCCAAAUCUCCGGCAACAAAAAAUAAGCUAACCCAAUUACACCAGUAGAAAAAUGGCUUCUUCAGUCGCUCUCCGAGAUUUGCAGCGUGACCUAGAGAACAAAGCCAACGAUCUUAGCAAACUUCAAAAAGAUAUAUCAAAGAACCACCAAAUCAGAAAGAAGUACACUAUUCAACUAGGUGAAAAUGAGCUUGUUCUCAAGGAAUUGGAUCUAUUGAAUGAAGAUGCGAAUGUUUACAAGUUGAUAGGGCCAGUGCUUGUGAAGCAGGACUUGGCUGAGGCAAGAGCCAAUGUCAAAAAGCGAAUUGAAUACAUUUCUGCUGAACUAAAGCGACUAGAUAGUACUCUUCAAGACUUGGAAGAAAAGCAGAACAGCAAAAAGGAAACGAUUCUGAAGUUACAACAAAAGAUUCAGUCUCUCCAAGCUGGUAAAGGCAAGGCCUAAUGCGCGCCUCUGGUGGUACACUACACUGGUCUGUUGAUUUUGAUCAGUAUUAAAAGCAGGAUUACAGUGUCUUGUCGUCCCAGACACUCAGACGUUUACCUUAUUGUUCGAUUGGCUUUUGUAGAUCCAUGGUUUUGUACUUCGUAUGAUUUUGAAUUACAUCUGCUGAUUAAUGUUCUAUAUAGCUACAAUCUCCUCUUCUUUUAUGGUUAAUUAUCGUGGCUGCAAGCAUUAUUUCAA